AUGAAAACAUUGAGAAAUCGCUUUCUUCUGAUCUUUAAUUUGAUCAACUUUACUUCUUCGAAGCUUAUUUUUGUAAGCAUAGACGGUUUUCGCUAUGACUACAUUCAAAAGUAUUCCGAGUAUUUACCCACUUUGUGUAAACUACAGGAGAACUCGGCGUUCCUUGCCAAUGGCGUUAAGAAUGUUUUCCCGACAAACACUUUCCCAAACCACUGGUCAAUGGCCACAGGUCUCUACCCCGAAGAUCACGGAAUAGUGGCGAAUAACUUUUAUGAUCGCCAGCUGAAAAAGACAUUCUCGAUGAUCUCGGAAGACGUCGAGUUUUGGAAAGGUUCCGAGCCGAUCUGGGAGACAGCUGAGAAACAAAACAUUACAAGUGUAGUUGUCCAUUUCCCAGGCCACAAUAUAAAAGGUUUCGAGCCAACGUAUGUUCACGAAUCUGACAUUUAUAAAGCAGCUUUGUAUUCAGUUACGUAUUUAGUAGACACAGUUUUUCAUGCUUUGAAUAACGAAACAAAUCCAGCACAGUUUGCCAUGUUAUAUAUAGGAGAACCGGAUAGCUCGGCUCAUAAGUUCGGAGCUGACGACGAAUUUGUGUUCCAGCAAUUUCUAAAUGUGGACUCUGGAAUUCGAUACCUUCUGGAAAAGCUCAGCGCAUCUGAUAAUCUGAUCAUAACUGGUGAUCAUGGUAUGGUCACAGUUGAAAAAUCUUUGAACUUCACGAAACCUGAACAGUUUUUUGACCAAAAGUUGGUCGAGAAGGCAAUAUUUGAUGGGCCUCUUUUGCUGGUUUACGCAAAACAAGGCAAAAAGAUGCUUCUAAAAGCUCAGCUUGCGGACAUGAAGAGGAAACAUCCCAACAUUGACUGGUAUACUCAAGAUACAAUUCCUCAAAGGUGGCACUUCAAAGGCAACAAAAAUAGGAGUCCCGACAUUCUUGGAAUCACAGCCUACAAGUCUAUGUGGUUUAGUGAGGAGAAGAACCGGAAAGGCAUGCAUGGCUGGGAUAAUAAGUUGCCCGACAUGCGACCAGUCUUUAUAGGCCAUGGACCUGGAUUUAGGAAAAAUUUGGAGCACAACGGAACUGUGGAGAUUGUUGACAUGUACCCUUUGAUUGCUCAUUUGAUCGGACUAAAUUACUCGAACAUCAGAAAUGUGAGUGGAAAACUGGAGAAUGUAAUGCCCUUGCUGACAGACGGUCAGAGUAUUCUGCGCAUUUGGUUCGAGCAAUACAUAAUGCAGUAUCCGAGCUACGUUUUAGUCGCUGCGGGAGUUUUGGCUGUCGUCACUCUGCUGAGUUGCUGCUAUUGUUGUCGGAUUGUGUUUCGGACUAUUGGAAACAGGAAAAGUCAGAACAGUGUAUACAAGGGGGGUUACUUUUUGUCGGAUAUGGAAAGUGCGAGUGAAAUGGACGACGACGAUGAUGAAUUGAAUGACUUCCCAAGAAGCUCGAAAAAAAAGAGCAGCGGAGGAAGAAUGAGGAAGUUUUCGAUUGGUUUCGGACAUCCUUCGUCCAGAGAUGCCUGA